GCCACUCAUCACCCGCCUAUCUAAAAUUCACAAGAAUGGGCUGUCGAAGCCCUUUCCUUCGACAGUGGGCCUAGUGAUCGGACCCGAGAUAUAUUCUAUAGCUGGGGCGUCCAGUCUGACAGAAUAUUUUAGUCAAGCAGUGGAUGCUGGUGUGGUGCAAUGCGGAGGAGAUAGUGGUCAUGCAUGGGUGAGGCUCCAUCCCGAUGUGAUGAGUGGCAAGCGCUCUUGCUAGU